AUGAAUACUGCAUACACUUGCAAUGCAGUUUUCAUUCCGUUUUUCACAAUAUCUAUCUAUCUAUCUCUCUCUCUAUCUAUCUAUCUAUCUAUCUGUCUCUUUGUCUGUAUUAAGAGUGUAGAAAAAGAAAUCAACACUGCAAUCAUUAAAAUCUAUCUAUCUAUCUUAGUUCAUAUGUAUCUAGAUCUCUCUCAGCAAUUUCGUAUUUAUCUAUCUAUAUAUCUAUCUGUCUCAUUCACUUCAUAUCUAUUUCAUUCAGUUCAUUAUCUAUCUAUCUAUCUAUCUAUCUAUCUAUCUAUCUAUCUAUCUAUCUAUCUAAUUCUGUUCAUAUCUAUUUCAUUCUGUUCAUUAUCUAUCUAUCUAUCUAUCUAUCUAUCUAUCUAUCUAUCUAUCUAUCUAUGUUCUUUCAUAUCUGUUUCAUUCUGUUUAUAUCUAUCUAUCUAUCUAUCUAUCUAUCUAUCUAUCUAUCUAUCUAUCUAUCUAUCUAUCUAUCUCGGUUCGUUCAUUUCUAUCUAUGUUUUAAAUGAGAACAUCGAUGAGAUAUUUGUGCAUUUCCCAGUGGUGUCCAAUCCCUGUCCAUUUUCCAACUGCUGCAACAAAAUAGAAAUUCAGACGAGCCAAGACCUAUUUAACCCUGCCUUUGGUUCUUUCUUUCUUUCUUUCUUUCUUUCUUUAUCUCACAUCCUAUUCAUAUCUCUCUCUCUUAUCUCUCUCUCUUAUCUAUCUAUCUAUCUAUCUAUCUAUCUAUCUAUCUUAGUUCAUAUGUAUCUAGAUCUCUCUCAGAAAUUUUUUCAUAUCGAUUUCAUUCUGUUCAUAUCUAUUUAUCUAUCUAUCUAUCUAUCUAUCUAUCUAUCUAUCUAUCUAUCUAUCUUGGUUCGUUCAUUUCUAUUUAAUUCUGUUCAUUAUCUAUCUAUCUAUCUAUCUAUCUAUCUAUCUAUCUAUCUAAUUCUAUUUAUAUCUAUUUCAUUCUGUUCAUUAUCUAUCUAUCUAUCUAUCUAUCUAUCUAUCUAUCUAUCUAUCUAUCUAUCUAUCUAUCUAAUUCUGUUCAUAUCUAUUUCAUUCUGUUCAUUAUCUAUCUAUCUAUCUAUCUAUCUAUCUAUCUAUCUAUCUAUCUAUCUAUCUAUCAUAUCCUAUUUAUAUCUUUAUCUCUCUUUCUCUCCCUAUCUAUCUGUCUAUCUCAUUCUAUUCAUAUAUAUCUAUCAUUUCUUCCUCUUCUAUCUAUUUCUAAAGAAUAUCUAUCUAUCUAUCUAUCUAUCUAUCUAUCUAUCUAUCUAUCUAUCUAUCUAUCUCAAUCAGUUCAUAUCUAUUUCAUUCUGUUCAUAUCUAUCUAUCUAUUUAUCUAUCUAUCUAUCUAUCUAUCUAUCUAUCUAUCUAUCUAUCUAUCUAUCUAUCUAUCUAUCUCAAUCAGUUCAUAUCUAUUUCAUUCUGUUCAUAUCUAUCUAUCUAUCUAUCUGUCUAUCUACCCAGGCUUGUUCAUAUCUAUCUAUCUAUCUAUCUAUCUAUCUAUCUAAGCCUGUUAAUAUCUAUCUAUCUCAUCUGGUUCUAUCUAUCUAUCUAUCAUCUAUCUAUCCAUCUAUCUAUACAAAUCUAUGUAUGUAUGUGUCUAUUUAUCUCACCCUUAUUGAAAUCUAUCAUCUAUCUAUCUAUCUAUCUAUCUAUCUAUCUAUCUAUCUCAGUUUGUUCAUAUCUAUCUAUUUAUCUAUCUAUCUAUGUAUCUAUCUCUCACUUUUGUUCAUAUCUAUUAUCUAUCUAUCAUUCAUCAUCUAUCUACAUCUAUCUAUCUAUCUAUACAAAUCUAUGUAUGUAUGUGUCUAUUUAUCUCACCCUAUUGAAAUCUAUCUAUCUAUCUAUCUAUCUAUCUAUCUAUCUAUCUAUCUAUCUAUCUAUCUAUCUCAGUUUGUUCAUAUCUAUCUAUUUAUCUCAGUCUGCUCAUAUCUAUGUAUCUAUCUCUCACUUUGUUCAUAUCUAUCUAUCUAUCUAUCUAUCUAUCUAUUCAUAUCAUCUAUCUUUCUAUGUCAUAUCUAUCUAUCUAUCUAUCUAUCUAUCUCAGUUUGUUCUAUCUAUUUAUCUCAGUCUGCUCAUCAUGUAUUCAUCUCUCACUUUGUUCAUUCAUUCAUCUAUCUAUCUAUCUAUCAAUCCAUCUAUGUAUCUCAGUUUGUUCCACAUAUCUAUCUAUUUAUCUCAGUCCGCUCAUAUCCAUGCAAAUCUCUCCACUUUUGUCCACAUCUAUCUAUCUAUCUAUCUAUCUAUCUAUCUAUCCAUCCAUCUAUCUAUCAUGUCUGUCCACAUCCAUUAUCUAUCCAUCCAUCCAUCUAUCUAUAUUAUCUCAGUUUGUUCAUAUCUAUCUAUUUAUCUCAGUCUGCUCAUCUCAUCAUGUAUCUCUCUCACUUUGUUCAUAUCUCAUCUAUCUAUCUAUCAUCUAUAUCUAUCUAUCUAUCUAUCAUAUCUGUCUCACAUUAUCUAUCCAUCUAUUCAUCAUCUAUCUCAGUUUGUCAUAUUCAUCAUUUUAUUGUCUGCUCAUAUCAUGUAUCUAUCUCUCACUUUGUUCAUAUCUAUUCAUCUAUCUAUCUAUCUAUCUAUCUAUCUAUCUAUCUUAGUCUGUUAUGUAUGUGUCUAUUUAUCUGUUUGAAAUCUAUCUAUCUAUCUAUUCUCAUCUAUCUAUCUAUCUAUCUAUCUAUCUCAGUUUGUCUAUCUAUUUAUCUCAGAUAUCUAUGUAUCUAUCUCUCUGUUCUAUCUUCUAUAUCUAUCUAUCUAUCUAUCUAUCUAUAUCUAUCUAGGCCCUAUCUAUCUAUCUUAAUUACUAUCUAUCUAUCUAUCUAUCUAUCUAUCUAUCUAUCUAUCUAUCUAUCUGUGUGUCUGUGUGUAUAUUUAUAG